AUGGAGAAGGGUCAAUGUUGGAUGUGGACUAAGAGGAAGUACUCUAUGAACUCUACUCUUGAUUCCCCAGCUAAGUACCCCUCUUCCAAUGAUGACUAUUCAUGGGAAGAGCAAGCCUUUGCAAAAGAUGCAGCUGGGUCUUGUUGCAUAUGGCCACCAAGAUCAUAUUCUUGUAGCUUUUGCAGAAGGGAAUUCAGGUCAGCACAGGCUUUAGGAGGCCAUAUGAAUGUUCAUAGAAGAGAUAGAGCAAGACUGAAGCAACCUUGUAGCCCUCAAAAUGAAACUCUGAGUCGAGAUCUUGAAAAAACUCAUCCCCAAAAUCCAGUACAAAAUUCUUUUACUUCUUUGGGUUAUUUGUAUCCAUCUUCUCUUAGUGGGUUGGUUUGUAAUAACACUAACCCUAAUUCUGGUCCUUCUGAUGUUCUUGCUUCACCUUCCAAGGUUUUAGCUACCUCGGUUAACAAGAGAUGUACAGAGAAACCCCUGAUUCCACUUCAUAGUAAUUCUUCUUGUUUCCAUGGAAGCCAUGAUCAGACUUCUAAAUCCUUGUCAAACUUAAAUGAAGACUCUAGAUUUUAUUCACGUAAGUUUGACAGUGAAGCUGGUGUUGAGAAAUUUUCGAAGGGGUUGGAUUCUGGGUGUAGAAGUGAAAGAGAUAAUGAUAAAUCUGAGGUAGCUGUGAGUUUGAACUUGUUUGUGUGUCGAGCUCACCCGCCUGUGCAAUUUGAGACUAAAGAGAGUGAUGCAAGUUUCAAGAAGAGGAAAGGAGAUUCUUCAUCCAUUCCAUUCUUCCCACGGUCAUGUUCCGUUGAUAGGCAUCAUAUGCAGUCACAGAUGUUUGAAUAUAGCCCUAGUUCCAUAGAAGGGAUAGAUCUGGAGCUAAGGCUUGGUUACAGGCCCAAGGUAUAG